GCCAAGCGCCAGUCGGCCGGUUCCGGGCCGGCGUCCGCAUGCACGCUUAGACUCCUGGAAGUUGUAGUACGAAGCUAGUCAGGUUGGAACCAUGGCGGUGACCAAGGAGCUCUUACAGAUGGACCUGUACGCACUGCUAGGCAUCGAAGAGAAGGCGGCGGACAAAGAGGUAAAGAAGGCAUAUAGGCAGAAGGCCCUCUCCUGCCACCCAGACAAAAAUCCGGACAAUCCCAGAGCAGCUGAACUCUUCCACCAGCUUUCUCAGGCCUUGGAGGUACUGACUGAUGCUGCAGCCAGGGCUGCAUAUGACAAGGUCUGGAAAGCCAAGAAGCAGGCAGCAGAGAGGACCCAGAAACUUGAUGAGAGAAGGAAGAAAGUGAAGCUUGACCUGGAGGCCCGGGAGCGGCAGGCCCAGGCCCAGGGGAGUGAGGAAGAGGAGGAGAGUCGGAACACCAGGACACUGGAGCAAGAGAUCGAACGCCUACGGGAAGAGGGUUCCCGGCAGCUGGAGGAACAGCAGAGGCUGAUCCAGGAGCAGAUAAACGAGGAACGGGACCAGAGGUUACGAGGAAAGGCAGAAAAUACUGAAGGCAAAGGAACCCCUAAACUAAAGCUAAAAUGGAAGUGCAAGACGGAGGAUAAGUCAAAAGGUGGCUACUCCAAAGAUGUCCUCUUGCGGCUUUUGCAAAAGUAUGGUGAAGUUCUCAACCUGGUGCUUUCCAGUAAGAAGGCAGGCACCGCGGUGGUGGAGUUUGCAACCGUCAAGGCUGCGGAGCUGGCUGUCCAGAAUGAAGUUGGCCUGGUUGAUAACCCUCUGAAGAUUUCUUGGCUGGAGGGACAGCCACAGGGCAUGAUGGGCCCCAGCCACCCAGGACUGUCAAAGGGCUCAGUGCUAUCAGAGAGGGACUACGAGAGCCUCGUCAUGAUGCGCAUGCGCCAGGCAGCUGAGCGACAACAGCUGAUGGCCCAGAUGCUACAGGAGGACGAGGAGGGGCAGCCCACGUAGCCCUGGCCCAGCUCUCCCCUCCACCCCAGCUCUUUUCUUAAACAUCACCAAUAAACUUUUUU